GAAAUGCAGCCGAGGAGCCGGAGCGGGCGGCAGCGGCGGCGGCGGCGGGGGCAGCGGCAGCUCCGGCGCCACGGCAAGGACUCGGAAGGCUGAGGCUCGGCCGCAGCAGCGGCGCGGGGGGCGCGGGCCGCGGUGCCCGGAGCCCCCGGCCCGCCAUGGGCCGCCCGGAGCGGGGCGCGCUCGGGCCGCGGGCGCUGCUGCUGCUGCUGCUGCUGCUGCUGUUGCAGCUCCAGCAUCUCGAGGCGGCAGCGGAUUCGCUGCGCGGCAGCCAAGGACCAGCCCCGGAGUGUCCAGAGGACCAAUUCCGGUGCCGGAACGGACGCUGCAUCCCUUCCGUGUGGAGAUGCGACGAGGACGACGACUGCUCGGACAACAGCGACGAGGAUGACUGCCCCAAGAAGACCUGUGCGGACAGCGACUUCACCUGUGAUAACGGCCACUGCAUCCCCGAGCGCUGGAAGUGCGAUGGCUUAGAAGAGUGUCCCGACGGCUCGGAUGAAUCCAAGGCCACUUGCACCCAGCAGGAAUGCCCCGCAGAGAAGCUGAGCUGUGGGCCUACCAGCCACAAGUGCGUGCCUGCGUCCUGGCGCUGUGAUGGCGAGAAGGACUGUGAGAGCGGAGCAGACGAGGCUGGCUGCGCCCCCUUGUGCGCUCCGCACGAGUUCCAGUGCGGCAACCGCUCGUGCCUGGCCGCCGUGUUCGUGUGCGAUGGUGAUGAUGACUGCGGGGACGGCAGCGACGAGCGUGGCUGUGCCGACCCGGCCUGCGGGCCCUGGGAGUUCCGCUGCGGCAGCGGCGGCACCUGCAUCCCGGAGCGCUGGGUCUGUGACCGCCAGCUGGACUGCGAGGACGGCUCGGACGAGGCUGCCGACAGGUGUGGCCGCGCCAGUCCGGGGGCCACAGCCGCGCCCGCUGCCUGCGCCACCGCCUCCCAGUUCGCCUGCCGCAGCGGCGAGUGCGUGCACCUGGGCUGGCGCUGCGACGGCGACCACGACUGCAAGGACAAGUCAGACGAGGCCGACUGCCCACUGGGGACCUGCCGUGGAGACGAGUUCCAGUGCGGGCAUGGCACUUGCAUCCCUGCCAUCAAGCGCUGCGACCGACAUCAGGACUGCCAAGAUGGGAGUGACGAAGCUGGCUGCCUGCAGGGCCUUGACGAGUGUCUGCACAACAAUGGUGGUUGUUCUCACAUCUGCACUGACCUCAAGAUUGGCUUUGAGUGCUCCUGUCCUGCGGGUUUCCGGCUUCUGGACCAGAAGACGUGUGGUGACAUUGACGAGUGUGAGGACCCAGAUGCCUGCAGCCAGAUCUGCAUCAAUUAUAAGGGCUACUUCAAGUGCGAGUGCCACCCUGGCUAUGAGAUGGACCCAGAGACCAGGAACUGCAAGGCUGCUGCUGGCAGGAACCCGUUCCUGAUCUUCACCAACCGGCAUGAGGUGCGCAAGAUAGACCUGGUGAAGCGGGAGCACUCCCGCCUCAUCCCCAUGCUCAAGAACGUGGUGGCGCUGGACGUGGAAGUGGCUACCAACCGCAUUUACUGGUGUGACCUCUCCUAUCGCAAGAUCUACAGUGCCUACAUGGACAAGGCCAGCGACCCAGCAGAGCAGGAGGUCCUCAUUGAUGAGCAGCUGCACUCUCCAGAGGGCCUGGCAGUGGACUGGGUCCACAAGCACAUGUACUGGACUGACUCGGGCAAUAAGACCAUCUCAGUGGCCACGCUCGAUGGUGGCCGCCGGUGCACUCUCUUCAGCCGUGAUCUUAAUGAACCCCGGGCCAUCGCUGUUGACCCCCUGCAAGGGUACAUGUAUUGGUCUGACUGGGGGUUCCAGGCCAAGAUCGAGAAGUCUGGGCUCAAUGGUGUGGACCGGCAAACGCUGGUGUCGGACAAUAUCGAAUGGCCCAAUGGAAUCGCCCUGGAUUUGCUGAACCGGCGCUUGUACUGGGUAGACUCCAAGCUGCACCAGCUGUCUAGCAUUGACUUCAGCGGAGGCAACAGAAAGAUGCUGAUUUCUUCCAGCGACUUCCUGAGCCAUCCUUUCGGGAUAGCUGUGUUUGAGGACAGGGUAUUCUGGACAGACUUGGAGAAUGAAGCCAUUUUCAGUGCCAAUCGACUCAGUGACCUGGAAGUCUCCACCUUGGCCGAGAACCUCAAUAACCCACAUGACAUUGUCAUCUUCCAUGAGCUGAAGCAGCCAAGGGUUGCAGAUGUCUGUGAGCUGAGUGCCCAGCCCAAUGGGGGCUGUGAGUACCUGUGCCUUCCGGCUCCCCAGAUCUCCAGCCAUUCCCCUAAGUACACAUGCGCCUGUCCUGACACCAUGUGGCUGGGCCCAGACAUGAAGAGGUGCUACCGAGCACCUCAAUCUACCUCAACUACGACAUUCGCCUCUACUACGACAAGGACAGCAGCCACCACUCCCAGAGAGCCUGGGACCACCGACCAGAGCCCCACCUACCAGAACCACAGCACAGAGAUGCCAACCCUGGCAACCAUGGUCCCAAGCUCUGUUGGUGUCAGCAGCACCCCCAACAUCAGCCCGUCUAUUCCCAGUCCUGCAACCAGCAACCACUCUCAGCACUAUGGGAAUGAAGGUGGCAAGAUGGGCUCAACAGUCACUGCUGCUAUCAUUGGGAUCAUCGUGCCCAUAGUGGUCUUGGCCCUGCUGUGCAUGAGUGGCUACCUGAUCUGGAGAAACUGGAAGCGGAAGAACACCAAAAGUAUGAACUUUGACAACCCCGUGUACCGGAAAACAACAGAAGAAGAAGACGAUGAUGAACUCCACAUAGGGAGGACUGCUCAGAUUGGCCAUGUCUACCCGGCAGCAAUCAGCAGCUUUGAUCGCCCACUGUGGGCAGAGCCCUGUCUUGGGGAGACCAGAGAACUGGAAGACUCAGCCCCUGCCCUCAAGGAGCUUUUUGUCUUGCCGGGGGAACCAAGGUCACAGCUGCACCAACACCCGAAGAACCCUCUUUCCGAGCUGCCUGUCGUCAAAUGCAAGCGAGUGGCAUUAAGCAUUGAAGAUGAUGGACUACCUUGAGGAUGGGACCAGCCCUUCGUGCCUCAUGGACUUCAGUCCCAUGCACUAUACUCUCUGGAUGGUGUGGCACAGGGUGGAUGGGUUUCUGUAUAUGGGUCUGUGUGUGUAUGUGUGUGUGGGUGUGUGUCAUUUUUUUUUUUAAUUUAUGUCGUGGAAAGGUAACCACAAAGUUAUGAUGAACUGCAAACAUCCAAAGGAUGUGAGAGUUUUUAUAUGUAUAAUGUUUUAUACACUUUUUAACUGGUUGCACUACCCAUGAGGAAUUCAUGGACUGGCUACUGCUGAGUGACUAACAUGAUGUACAUAACCAAACAAACGCCCAGGGGACAGAACCUAACUCAUCAACUAAAACCUAUAUUUACAGAGGAUGUUUGACUUUAGGGGGGUUUUUUAGGUUUAGGGAUUUUGGUUUUUUUGUAAAUAAAAUUAUUAUGCUUUGUGGCUAUUUAUCAACAUAAGUAGAAAAAGAAAAAAAUACUUCAAUUCCCCCCCCCUUUUAGAUUAUUUAUUAACAUAUUUUUAAAAAUAAGAUUAGUUCUCUAAAUAAUUUAGAGAAGCAAGAGUAUUUAUUUUUGGUAUGACUGGCCCACCACACAGAUUUGUGUGUGUGUGUGUGUGUGUGUGUGUGUGUGUGUGUGUGCUAAUAUGCAUAUGUGUGUGAGAGACAACUCUGUAGAGAAGAGGCACACCAGUUGUUCAAAUACAGAAAGAUCCGUUUAUUUUAAAAAGAGUCCACACGAGGUAUCUGAGGUUUUCAGAGAAGCCUUUGGAAAUUUGGCUCAUAAAAUAGAUGCCAUGAUUUGUGCAAACAUAUGGUACAACAAGCAGAUCUUUUCACUCCUGACUAGUUUCUAAGACCUUUGUAAAUGAGGAAAGCCAUUCCACUCUCUCAUGGCUGCUGUGGCUCUUGCCUGGACUUCCCAGUCCGUGGUGAACGUCAGUGUACAGGCUCUGCCCAGUGCCAGAAGCUUUUAGGAGCUCCAGGAAGAACAGGCCUAAACCUCAGCUGCUCCUUGUAUUUAAAUUUAGCUCUUUGAGUAACAUCAAUUUCCUUCAGUAUGUUAGGGUUGAAUUUGAAGGAUACCAUUCUUAAAGAACUAAAUGGAGAUUUUCCAGGACAGCCCAAGUUUACUAUAUGAACUGGCUCAGGCAUUGAACCUCUGAGACAUGCUGCAGAUGAGGAUAAAGAUGGUGGAAUAGGUUUUAUUACACCACCAUUUCUGCAUUCCCUUUAUUGUUUUCUUUAAGUGAGGAAGAUGUUCUGAAGUAAUAAGCAAAUUUCUUACCUUUACAUGUUCAUACUGAUGUAAUGAAUUUUUGGUUUAAAUCAGAAAAAGUGGUCAAACUUAAAGCCGUACUGAGGGGUGGAGAAUUGCACAGUGUUAUAGCAUAUUGGAUGUAUGUGUUCACACAGGAAUUUGGUUUACUGUUUUGUAAAUAAAAGGAAAAACUUUGGGUAUAUGUAAACAUUUUUACAUGAUGGACAUCUUUGCUUUUCCUGAGCCUUAGGAGAGGUAGAAAGCUGUUUUCUGUUUGUGAGAUCUAUCACUGGAAACAUAACCCUACAAUCUCCAGAGGAAAGUAAAUCCUCUUUGGCUUUCUCAUUGAUAGUGUGGUCUUUUCUUGACUCUGCUGUUCUGCCGCUUUGCUCCCACAAGACAACCAGGGACCAGGUGCAACAUGGAAGUGUUUUCACUUCACAAGGAGUGGAGGACAUGUAUCUAACCUUAGAACUCCUGGAACUUGACCCUCUUAAUACCUCUCCACUCUGCUCCUCAGUGAAGCUUGGAUGUCUCAUGAGCAUGCUACCCUUUGAAUUUUCAGGCAGCUGUUGCAAAGUUCUGUCAUCUUUUCCUGGGACUUUCCUCUGCCUCAUUCAUGGUCUCCUACCCUUUCAGAAAACAACUGAGUUCUGGAACUUGGGCACUGUUUUGCAUAAGGCAGCAUGAUAUUCCUAUGUUAAUAUUCCGGAAACACUGAGGGUCAACAUAGUUGAGCUAAAAUGACUAAUAGCAAACAGAAUGCUGAGAACAGGGGUCAACUCCUAUGGAGCUUAACCACUACUAUUCUUCCAAGAAUGGAAAGUAAAGUUAAUUUUUCACAGAAGAAAAAUGAUGAAAGUGAAAAACAUUGGCAUGGACACCGAACAAAAGGCUUCUUAUAGAACCUGCCUUCAAAGACAAUGAAUUUUCCAGUGAAAUAAAUGAUAACAGUGGCUAAUGCAUAGCUUCUAAACUUAUUCAGAUUCUGGCCUUCACAAAAAUAUAUGAAUGGGACCUGGACACAGAACCUGAGGUUUAAAAAUGCUGGUGAAAUGAUCAGCUUUCGGAGAGAUAUCCUGACUACGCUCCAGCAACAGCCUGAAAGAGGCAGCUAGGAAUGACCUUUAAGAAAAUGGUGAAAUACAAGUUGGACAGCAGUAAAUGGAAGGAAUCGGACAUCCUCCCCAACUUAUAGGGGUUUUGAAGCCUAGCUUUGAGGCGGUUACAGUUGUUGCCUGUUCCUCCUGUAUACCUACAGCCACUAAAAGAUCGAGAAGGCAUUGGACUAUGGGACUAAAAGGGAGCUUAGAGGCAAUAAACAGAAAAUACACCCAGCAAUAUCGCAGAGAAAGGUCCCAAUCCCUUUGCUUUUCCAGGAUGUGACUUUGUGCUGCCUGAACAUUGUAUCAGACCUGCUAUCCUUCCUGUGAUCCCCCUUUCCAGCAGACUUAUAAAGCACCAGCAGGAAUGGCCUUGUGGAAAUAGAGAAAAUGAAAACUUUAUUGACUCUUGAUAGAUAGCAUGAUUAUUUAUAAAAACAGAUGGAAAUAGCCUGUACCCUCAACUGGGGAAAAAAAAAAUAAGAGAAAUCGGGACUCAAUUUAUGGCAAUAAGUCCUCUUGAUCCUGCCAGUUGUUCCUAUGUGAUUGCAGUAUAUUUUUUCUCUAGCAGUGGACUCCAGGUGCCAAUGACAUGCCAGGCACUGCAGAUAUAAAGGUUGCUUAGACAUUCCCUAUCUUUACAGAGCGGCAAAGGAAGACAUGGAAAUAAGGAAGAGAUUCUACUGGGCAUGCAAUAAGGGUACAAAGACCACCCUACCUGAGGAGAUAAGGCAGGAUGUUAUCACAGGAGAAGCGACCCUACACGAAGUCUUAAACACUAAGAAGGCUGCUUCAGGCCAAGGACACAGGCACGGAACAGCAUUGGGACAUUAAGGAACUACACAUAAUUCACUGGAAUGAAAGGGGACUUAGCCAGACAUGAGGCUAGAUGGAAAGACAGGUUCAAUGUAAGCACUUUAUAAAAUACUUAUAUUUAAGUUACAGUUCAAUUAAGCAAACUUUUCUUGGUUGUUUACUGUGUGCAAGUAACAAUGCAUCGUUGAAAAUUUGCCGAAACGCACCCCCAGCACUUUGCAGGCAGGACAUGACUGAGCCUCAAGCUUUCCAGCAGCCAAAGGGAACUGCUGACUGCUCUUCAGAUAGUGGACUUGAGGAUUUGUGAUAUGAUCAAUGAAAACUAUGAUCAAUGGGAUUUUCACAGAAGUAGGCCACGGAGUCAAGAGUCUCUUAGGUUUUCUCAACUCUGAGAAAGAAAAACAGCAAUUUGGAAGACCAGGAGAAGACUGCCCCUUCAGUGUCCUGUCAAACACUGUUGGGACUGGGCAGAGGACCCUGGGGAUUAGUCUCCCCAGCCACUCCCAGACUCCAGCCACACACUCAUCAUUUCAUGGAACAUAAAUGAGGUAGCACUUCAGAGUUCCAGAGUAAGUCAUUUCCUUUCCCAUAAAUGCAUGAAGGUAGAGUAUCAGAAUCUUCUAACACUGUAUUUGUAAGGUAUUGGGGAUUUUUCAGGACAUGGAGAAUUGAGAAGGUGUGGGUAUUACAGCUUCAAAUUUUCAGUUGAUAUUUUAAAAAAUCAGGAGGCUCUGUUCAUUCAGGUUGUGCACUAUGUACACGGCCAAGAAUGAGCAGAUACCCUUUGCAUUUGAAAACAUUUUGUGCUGUAAAAAAGUAAUUUUAAGAAAACCACCCGGUUACAUAUAUAUAUAUUUAAAGACAAGGUUUUGAUACUUUUUUUUACAAAAAAAAGGGGGGGGGGAGGUAAACAAAUACCUGUACAAACCAUGUACUUUUAAAAAUACUGUUUUUGUUCCACAAGAGCUAUUGUUAAUAUGGGGGGGUACCAUUACUGCUUUGCAAACUUCACCUUCACACACUGUACCCAAAGGGGUUUCCCUUGUUUGUUUCCUCCCAUCACCCAAGUUACUGUAUUUGAUGUUAACAGUCAGGCAUGUGAAAAUGUUGGGUCAUGCUAAGCAUUUCUGUUCUUUCCGUCUCAUCGUUCCCAGUUCCGUUAACGUCUCUACUCGAUACCCUUUGCAGUCUGGCUUCCCUUCCAGAAACCAAGGGGCUGGGCUGGCAGGGGGACACUGCAUCCCCCUAGCUGCACUGACAUCUUGGUGGACUGAAAACCAAAUGUGGACAUUUGUAAGAUCCAUGCACUGUUUUUAGAGAGAUUAAAUUCAUUUUUUUAAAUCUUAA